AUGGAAGUUGCGUGGAGCCAGUUACGAGAGGAGGAACGGCGACUGGCGCAGGAGAUCGGCGAGUCGGGGCGCGAGCACCACUCGCUCACCCGUAGCCGUGACAUAUGGGACGCGAUCCGUGUCCACGGCGUCCCGUCCGAGCACCGCGAGUGGGUUUGGCCCAUUUUGUUGCACGAACAGAGCAUGAAGCUACAGCGACAGAGCGAAGGCAGCGCCAGCUACAAACAGAUACUGAACGGGAUGGAGUACGAAGAGGUGCUGGAGAAGGCUGACGCAGGGACAAGCACCUCGUUGGAUCAAGCUCAAGAAGAGGCAAUGGAGAGGUUUGACCACCUGAAUCCCUUCCAGGAGCGCAAAAUUCGGCGUAUUUUACUGGCCUACAUCAAGCCAAAAAACGCAUUUUACUACUGCCACGGCAUGGUGGAGUCAUGUGUGGUGCUCAGUACGUUUCUGGGCGAGGAGGACGCUUUUUGGAGCUUCCGGCUGCUGCUGGAGGUGCUGCUGCCUAAGUACUUCGACGAGUCCGUCGUGGACUUCCACACGGACUGCCUUGUGCUGCAGGAGUUGCUACGUGCGCAUGAUUUGGCGCUCAGCAAACACUUUGCUGUGAUGGGGGUGUCGAUCCAGCUGCUCUGUACAAAGUGGUUCUUCUCGUUUUUCGCCGAGUCCAUGCCAUUUGACGUUGUCUGCCGCCUGUACGAUAUCAUGUUUGUGGACAUUUGCAGUCGUCACCUAUGCUCGAAGAUCAUAUUUUCGACAUCGCUGGCAGUGUUGUUGUAUUUAAGCUCGGCGCUCGUAGAGAUCCAGGAUGUGAAUGUGGUGCUCGAGGUAAUUAACGAAUUUUGCUGGACAACGCUGAAUGAGUAUUCUGUGGCCGAAUCGUUUCUCGAUCUUAUCGGAUUUAUCCACGAACAAAUUGACGACAACGAGCUGGCAGCGCUGCGCCACAAGUAUCGAUCACAGCUAGCGCAGGAAGAAGUGCAGCGAAAGACGUUGCAGCAUAUAAUUCAAACGAAGAAAAGCAGCAAAAAGAUGAAGGCAGAUCAACCCGAACAUUUCGAAAUGCAGGAGCAACCACGCAAGGGCAGGAUAUACAGCCUCGAGUUGCUCAUCCAGUGGAGAAAGCAUAUGGUUGAUGACUCCAGUGGUUCAAGACAUCAAGGAAAGAGAAGAAACGCCAGUAGGGCAAGCAAAAGCGACUCCAAUGUAAGUAAGCAAUAUGGCCGCAAAAACAAUGUUUACGCCUGCAAACUGGAGAACUCGUCUUCCAACAGCGAUGGAGACAAUCGAGGUGGAGAAGAUGGAGAAGCCGGACUUGAGAUCGUAACGACAUCAUCGGAAGAAGAGAUGCUGGCCAAAGUGUACCAAGGAAUCAGCAAGAUUAAUCGCCGGCGGUUACGCACGAAUUCGUCGAUGCGUAACUAUUCGUUGGGAGGAGCCGACACACCACUCAGCUCGAUUCCAUCUCGUAGCCUGUCCCUGUCAAACUCGGUGCUUAGCAAUGCGUCAUCCACAAAAGAUAGCGACGAUGUGAGUCGAACCGGGGAAACGUCCUUAGAAGACGAAGGUGCACUGUGGGAACGCCUACAGAUAUCGGGUGUGCCGGAGGCUGUCGUUCGCCAUAGUAUGAGCGGUGUGCCCGACGUACACCGGUCGUGGGUGUGGCCAAUUCUGAUCAACCAGCUUUGCGCACCGCGAGAUCUUGCCCGAAAUCUUGCGGACAUAAGGAACGAAGACAACGAGGCUCUUUUAGACCGGGAAAUCGCCAAAUCUAUCGAAAAUGACAUAACGAGGACACGGAAUUUGCGCAACGAUCAAAUGGUUCCAAUGAGGCGAGUCCUCACAGCGUUUGCUAAUCGCAAUCGCCGCGUAGGAUACUGCCAAGGUAUGAAUGAAAUAUUGGUGGUGCUGUUGCAGUACUUAGAUGAAGAUCAGGCACUUCGAGGACUCACUUUGCUGAUCGAAGUGCUGCUUCCUGCUUACCACGUGGACUCUAUGAUUGGUUUACAUACUGACUGCGCGGUCAUGGACACGUUGCUGCGUCAGAACGACCCCGAGCUGCAUGCCCAUCUCAACGAGCUCGGGCUCAACAUGGAGAUUCUGUGCACGAAGUGGCUUGUAACUUGCUUUCUAACAUCGCUUCCAUCUUUUUGUGGGCUCAAGGUGAUCGAUAUGCUGCUAGCGCGUGCCAAGGAGAUGCAACGUGCAUCGCGCGUGCUACUCGGAGUAGGUAUGUCAAUAUUUUUCACCCUCCGGGAAGUCCUGCUGGACGCCAAAGACGCAGGUGAGGUGCUGCUGGCAAUCAAUGAGUAUUUCGCGCGUGAAAUGACAAAGACAACGACCGAGAUGGACAAGUUUCUCCACUUUUGUCUGGUCAUUAUGGACCAACUAGAGCCUGACAUAGUUGAGGAAUUCCGUCUUAUUCACAAGGACGAAGUGAUGGAGAGGUUUGCUGCGUUCGAGGCUAAGAAAAUUGAAAUGCGCCAACAACUUGAAGAAGCGAAAGCCAAGCAGCGAAGGACAGCAAGUGCACCGCCGUCGCCUUCAAAGUCUGAUCGUUUGUCGACGCUAUCGGCAUCGAGUAUCAUGUCGGGUAAGGCUAGCGGCCACAAUCGAAUGUCAGGGUUGUCUUCCUACAUUAGCAACCCUUUGCGUACCAGUGGAGGGAGCAAGGCAACUACCGCAAGCACCGGAGACGACCAAGAAAAGCGCAAGCGCUACAAGCGAGUAGAUGUCUUGCAAGCGCACCACAGCUUUGGUGAAGACUUGGAGAAGAUGGAAGACCAGUUGGAGGAUCUGGCGAGUUUGUUUCUCCGCGGAAAGAUUGAUGAAAAGGAGCAUUCAUGUAUACGUGCGCAAAUCGUGCGCAGGUGGUGCAAGGGCAUGAACUCACCACAAUCUGCGAUGGUCCGAGUGCAGUCGGUCAAACAUGCGUACAGUGAACGUAGCGGCGACAAAAGGCAUACAAACAGUGCGCCUAGUUUACUCGAAGGUUCCGUGCGAGGCAGUUUUACGGACGAGACAGACAUGAUACUUCGUGGUCGAAAAGGGUCGGUCUCUCUUUACGGACGCAUGAAACAAGCACAGAAGAGCGCGCUUGCCAUAUUUAAGUCCACCUUCGAAUGA